UGAGCAGAGGGUCAGUCCCUCUCAUUUGAGCACCGGAUCCUUUUACAUUAUGAAAAACUGUGAAUACCAGCAAAUCGACCCACGGGGACUUUCAACACCCUCGUCAACGCAACCCUGUAACGUUACCGAAAAGAAUGUGCAGAGCAGGCCUCGAAGAAAAUGGGAAGUAUUUCCAGGGAAAAAUCGCUUUUAUUGCGAUGGACGGAUUAUUCUGGCCAGACAAAGUGGUGUCCUGCCUCUGACACUCGGCCUUAUCAUUGUCACAAGUGGCCUUUUCUUUGCAUUCGACUGCCCAUUCCUGGUGACUCACCUGACCAUCUGCAUACCUGUGAUUGGUGGAGCGUUGUUUGUGUUUGUGGUCACCUCCCUACUGCAGACCAGCUUUACAGACCCUGGCAUCCUGCCUAGGGCCCUGCCAAAUGAGGCUGCAGACAUUGAGAAGCAGAUAGACACCUCAGGUUCCUCCACGUACCGCCCCCCUCCACGCACUAAAGAAAUCCUCAUUAACCAGCAGGUGGUGAAGCUUAAGUAUUGCUUCACCUGCAAGAUGUUCCGCCCUCCUCGGACCUCACACUGCAGUAUGUGUGACAACUGUGUGGAGCGGUUCGAUCACCAUUGCCCGUGGGUGGGGAACUGUGUGGGCAAGCGCAACUACCGCUUCUUCUACAGCUUCAUAGUCUCUCUCUCCUUCCACACCUCCUUCAUCUUCGGUUGUGUCGUCACACACCUCAUGCUGCGAUCCCAAGGAGGGAAUGGCUUAUUCCUGGCCUUACAGGAGAGUCCUGCCAGUGUGGUUGAGCUAGUUAUUUGCUUCUUCUCCAUCUGGUCUAUUCUGGGUCUCUCAGGUUUCCAUACAUACUUGGUGGCCUUCAACCUCACAACAAAUUAAGAUAUAAAAGGCUCCUGGUCGAGUAAAAGAGGUGCAGAGGACUCUGGGAAUCCCUACACUUACGACAACAUCUUUACCAACUGCUGUGCAAAGCUGUGUGGGCCCAUGCCCCCCAGUCUAAUUGACAGAAGAGGCUUUUUGACCCCUGAAGACAUUCCACCUGCUGUUGCAGUGGAUAUGGAGCGUCCCCCUUUCCUGUCCAAGAAUGACACAAACAUGGUAGGGGCGCCAUCUAGUGGCUACUUGUCCUGACUGUACUGUAGCUCCAAA